AUGUCCACAGAAAACCUCAUUGAGCUCGUUGAGAUACAUCCUUCCAUUUGGAACAAAAGUUGUGAGCAGUACAAAGACAGAUACGAAAAAGAAAAGGCUUGGAUCGAGAUCGCCCGAAGGAUCUUCCAAGAUUGGGAUACACUUGGGAAGAAAGAGAGGAAUAAAAAAUGUAAGUUGAAGGUACCAAAUAAUUAUAAAGUGGAUGCGUUGAAGAAGAAAUGGAAGAACAUCAAGGAUUCAUUAAGAAAAUAUUUAGAUACAAGAAGCGGGGAUGCUGCAAAAAAAAAGAAAUAUGUACACCUUGAGGCCCUGAGUUUCCUCUGCUGAAAAAAGAAGCACAACGGGCAAUUUCGACUCGGACACUUCAGAGGAAGAGGGCCACAACGAAUCUGACAUAGCCACAACUUCAGCGUUAUCACUAUCAGAAUCCCACACCCAGAAAACUCAUCAACUCCAAAACAACAUUCUUUUAGAAAGCCUAGUCGACCUGCCAAGAUGACUCCUUUUCAAGAAUCCCUUAUAAAAAAUCUCAGUCAGGCAUCAUCAUCGAUUACCCAAGCCAGAGUUGACGAAGAUGCAGAUCGUUUGUACCUACUUUCUUUACUUCCGGAUUACAAAGCGUUAUCUCCGCGGCAAAAGUGGGCAUUCCGUGAACACGUAGGAUACUUUUUCCGUCAAACUUUCGUACCUCCUACAUCUACGCCUCCUCUGUCAUUCCAAAACUACCGAACCACUUCAACACAUUGUCCUCAAUACUCCUAUCAAGAACAUAGUUCACUACCUUUCUCUCACAACAUAACCCAACUUCAGAAACCCCCACAGCCACCGCAAACCUAUCAAACAUCAUCUUGUAACAUAGCACAAGAAUCCACUCAAGUCACAUUCUCUCCCAGUUCGUUUUCCCAAUCACAGUAACGAUAUUACUAUAUUAAGUUGUAUUAUCAAGUAUUUUGUUCACUUUUGAUUUUUUUACAAAUAAACUCGAGUUAUGAUUAUUAUUGAUUAUUUGAGUGUAAUUUAAAACAUUAUUUAUAUAAUAUUUAAAAUAAAUAAGAAGUUAUAUAUAUGUUUGGUUACCUGAGU